UUGAAGACAACGCAGCAAUUAAAACAAAAUAUUUAUAAAAUUUAUCUUGCAACAUGAAGUGGCUAGUACUGAUUAGUGUUCUGGUGUUCCUGUCGCAGUGUUCGGGGAAGAACAUUAAAAUAACCCGCCGUCCGCAGUUAAAUCAUCAUUUGGGAUAUGUCAAGCCAGAGACUCGGGUUAUUGGUGGCGUCGAUUCCCCCUCUGGCUUUGCACCCUACCAAGUGUCCAUCAUGAACACCUUUGGCGAGCAUGUCUGUGGUGGCAGUAUCAUCGCACCAAGUUGGAUCCUCACAGCAGCCCAUUGCAUGGAGUGGCCCAUUAAGUAUCUAAAGAUCGUUACUGGAACGUUGGACUAUACAAAACCGGGAGCAGAGUAUUUGGUUGAUGGAUCCAAGAUUCAUUGCAGUCACGACAAACCAGCCUAUCACAAUGACAUCGCAUUGAUCCACACGGCCACGCCUAUUGUUUAUGAUGCACUGACUCAACCGAUUAAAUUGGCACGCAAGGGUAGUCUGCCCAAGGUGGGAGAUAAACUAACCCUGACCGGUUGGGGCAGUACGAAGACCUGGGGAAGAUAUUCCACCCAGCUGCAGAAGAUCGAUCUUAGUUACAUUGAACACUCAAACUGCGAGACCCGAGUGCGAAAUGCCAAUUGGUUAAGCGAAGGACAUCUGUGCACCUUUACCCAGGAGGGCGAAGGAUCCUGCCAUGGCGAUUCCGGUGGUCCUUUAGUGGAUGCCAACCAAACCCUUGUCGGUGUGGUCAACUGGGGCGAGGCGUGUGCCAUUGGCUAUCCGGAUGUCUUUGGUUCAGUGGCCUACUACCACGAUUGGAUCGAGCAGAUGAUGACCGAUGCGGGAACCGCCUGUUAAAGGCCUAAAAGUCACCCAAUGGGGGUCAUAAAGCCAAAAUACGAACAAAAAAUUGCACCUGCCAUUUAAUGGCUUCUGGCAAUUCGAACAAAUUAGCCCGUAAAUUUUAUCACUCAGAUAUCUUUGAUAUCAUAAAAUAUUUAUGAACAAAUAAAUGAGCAAUUGCGCUUCAGUUUUAAGUUAA